GGCAAAUUCAGAACCCUGCAGGUGCCUACAUUGAAAAACACACUUAUCCUUCCCUCCUCCACACAUUCAAACCAUCCAAACCUUAAUAUAAAGACCAGUGGAUCUUCACCACCAUUAGAGCUCCAUCCAUGGCUUCUCAUCAUCUCCAUUUAUUCCUCUCACCUUCAAAGUUUUCAGUUUCCAUUUUCAAACCAUCACACAAGGUCUCAUUCCCCAAGAAGUUUGGCUUCUCCACCCAUGCCAAGAAGAAGAACCCCUGGUUCGAUCCCUUCGACUUCGGUGACGACCCUGACAUGGAGUACGGCUCUCUCUUUUCUGAUGGCAAGCAGGAGGAGGACCCCCGCCCGCCCGAUAACCCCGACAACCCUUACGGCUUCCUCAAGUUCCCUCAAGGCUACAAUGUCGAGAUCGCUUCCCUUGGUUCCAAAAUUCGUGGUGAUGUUCGUCGUUGUUGCUGUGUAGUCUCCGGUGGUGUCUAUGAGAACCUCCUCUUCUUCCCAGCCAUCCAACUGAUCAAGGAUCGGUAUCCUGGGGUGCAGGUGGAUGUGGUCACUUCACCGAGAGGCAAACAGACUUAUGAGAUCAACAAGAAUGUCCGGUGGGCUACUGUUUACGACCCCGAUGAUGACUUCCCUGAACCUGCUGAGUACACUGACAUGCUUGGCGUGAUGAGGAAUAGGUACUAUGAUAUGAUCUUGUCGACAAAGCUUGCCGGAUUGGGACAUGCAGCAUUCCUCUUCAUGGCAUCUGCCAGAGACAAAGUAAGUUAUGUCUAUCCAAAUGUUAAUGGAGCAGGUGCAGGUCUACUUCUCACAGAAACACUCAUUCCACCUCUACUCAACCUCUCCGAGUUGGGAUUUAACAUGUACCAACAGAUGACUGAAUGGUUAGGAAGACCAGCUCGUAACGUGCCACGCGAACCAGUACCUCCGCUGAAAAUUUCGAUCUCGAAGAAACUCAAAGCAUAUGUGCAAGAGAAAUAUACAAAUGCAGGUGUACAGAAGAAUAAAUACAUUGUAAUUCAUGGAAUAGAGUCUGAUUCCAUCGCAUCGAUGAAAUCUAGAGGUGACGAUGAUAGUUUACUACCUAUACAAAUAUGGGCCGAAAUAACAAAGGACAUAAGGGGUGUCAAGCCUCUGUUUAUAAUACCUCAUGAAAAAGAGCGCGAUGAUGUCGAGGAAGCCAUCGGAGACGAUGCAAGCAUUCUGUUCACUACUACACCAGGCCAGUUAGCAGCAAUAAUCAAUGAUUCGGUCGGCGUUAUCAGCACAAACACAGCAGCUAUUCAGCUUGCAAAUGCUAUCGAAAAACCAAGUAUUGCAUUGUUUGGAUCAGAAGAAAAAGGGAGAUUAUUUGUUCCUGAUGCAAAAGAGAAGAAGUGUUCAGUGAUUGCAUCAAAAACAGGAAAAUUAAUCGAUAUCGAUGUCGAGACAGUGAAAAAUUCAGUUGAUAUGUUACAAGGCUCUUUAGUUUUCGCAUGAACUAUCGAUGUUUUUUUAUUGGUUUUUGUUUAAUGACUUUAAUUGUAGAUAGUUUGUGAAUUUUAUACACUGAUUAUUGAAAGAUAAUCAGAAAUUAUUACUGUUUUUUUUAA